AUGAAAAAGAAAUCGACAAAUUUGAGCACGAUUGUUCUGGAUACAGGGUCCUUACCAGACCCUGCGGAUGGAAAUGCUCAGCCUAAAUCACCUAGAAGGAAUGCCCCAAUGCCGUUAAUAAAGAGAUUUCAGCAUUCAUUGGAGCCUGAUAUGAUAUUUGGAUGGAAACCAAGGAAUAGUAAAUGAACAUCUCAGCAAGCGAAGAAGGGUAAAAUGUCAAAAUUAAAGAAAAAGAAAUUUAAAAAGGAGCUGAGUAAAAUUCAUUCUCAAAGCAUCAGUCCUAUAAAGAUUGGCCAGAACUCUUCAAGGAAUGAUCAAAUGGCUCCUAAUCCAACUCAGGAAACCACAUUUCAGAAACCUUCUGAGUUAUCUGACUAUGGAAGCAGGCCUUCCAUAUUUGUAAAACAACAAAGGAGAGAGCUCAACACUAUAUCACCUGCUAGAACUCGAAGGGAAGAGUCCUUCGAAGAAGUCCAGAAGAUGAAAUAAAAUCCCUCCUACAUUGCAAGGCCUCUUAGAGGCCUUGCAUGUUAAACAUGAGGGAGAAAUCUAUAAGUUCAUAGAGAAACAUAGCGAAUAUGAGUUUAAAGCUACUGAUAUUAAGUAUAAAAUCCCAUACUUAGACGCAAUCAGAAGUUAUUCUGACAACUACAAGAAUGCAGUCUAUCUCAUAGAUUAUAAAGAUGUGAACAAAAUUAAGCCAAGAGACCCUGUUUUCGAUAUCAUCAGUAGGGAAUGUCUGAGUCUAUCAAAGAAAGGCAAGCUGAUAUAUGCAGGAAAGGAUCCAUAUAACUUAAAAAUGAUACAAUCAAUUCCAGAAGUAAAGAAGGUAAAAUGAUCAAAUAUGAAAUUAAAUCUAAAGUCCAACGAUCAAGAAACUGUUGAGCAUAAGUUAGAGUUUGAUGCAAAUUUCGAAUGUGGGAAUCUCCAUUCAGCCAUUAAAAUGACUGACACUGAAUAUCAUCUGUUCAUUUAUCCAGAUACCAAUACUAGCGGCCAUACCCAAUGGUUCUACUUCAAAGUAUCAGGGAUGAAGAAGAAUACUGAAUAUACCUUCAAAAUAAUGAAUUUAAGUAAAUAAACAUUCAGCAUUCCAAAAAGGAAUGAAUCCUUGUGUGUUCUCAACUAAAACAUGGAAUGUACACGGGGUUGGCUGGGACAUCACUGAGACCUAUAAUGUUAAUUACUGAAGCAAUCCAUUCAAUAGUGUCAUUCAGUCUACAAUCAAGAAAUAAAUAUGACGCGAAGUUCCAAAACGAGGAUAGUAGAGAGAAGUCUAAAAAGAAGCACAAAAGCAUGUUAAAUCCUUACUCUAAAAAAUUAUAUGCCUUAAGGUUCAGUUAUAAGCCUAAAUUUGGCGAGGACGAAGUAUUUAUUGCUUUCAGCAUACCGUAUUCAUACUCCCAGUGCCAAUAUUUCCUAAAAGAAGUGGUGGAGAAAAUGCCUGAAAUAAAAUCAAAGAAGAUUAAUUACUCAAGAAAGGAGCUUUGUAAGACUCUGGGAGGGAGAAAAGUUGAUAUCAUAAAAAUAACAAAUCCUAGUAAAUAAAAGAACCAAAAAACAAUCCAUUGUCAUUAUGGCAAGGUGUCACCCAGGAGAGACGGUUGGCAGCUUUGUCAUGGAGGGAGUCCUCAAAGGACUUUGAAGCAAAAACUUCUUCUCAGACUACCUCAGAGACAAAUGUGUGUUCUACAUAAUUCCAAUGUUCAACCCAGAUGGAGUCUUCUGAGGGAAUAAUAGAACAAGUCUCGCUGGAGUAGAUCUCAACAGACGUUGGACGAAGCCUGACAAAGUUAUGGAAGCGGAAGUCUUCUAUCUUAAAUCAAUGAUCCUCGCUCUUGGGAAGGAAGAAGUCUCUAUUUUUGUUGAUUUACAUGGUCAUUCGAAGAAAAAUAAUUCUUUCAUCUAUGGGAAUACAUACAAAAGAGUUCAAGAAAAAGGGAACUUUUGGCAAGUUAGAUUCCUUGCAAAGAUUUUGAACAAAAUAGCUCCAAUGUUUGCAUACGAUAGUUGAGCGUUUAGUAACCAAAAGUCUAAAAAUUCUACAGCCCGUGCAGUUAUCGGGAAGGACAUUGGAAUCCUUAACUGAUUCACUCUAGAGUCUUCAUUCCAUGCCUUUAGGUAUUUUAACAUGUGCAAUAAAUGCUUUGUUUUAUGAAAGUAUUCAAUAAGUGAUUACCAUGCAAUGGGUGAUUACCUCUGUAAAGGGAUUUAUGGCACUCUCAGGGCAUUCUUGGAUACUGAAGAUUGAAUUGAAUACAAUCCAAAUAUUGCCAAGACCAACACUGAAGUUGCUGAUAACCCAUCUGCAGUAAACUCUCUCGCCAAGAAAGCUCAUCAAGAAAUCCUUGAUUGUACAGAAGCUAAAGUGAAAAUGAAGCAGAAAUAAAAAGAAAUCUACAAAAGCAACUAUCAAGGUAAACAACCAAAGACCAAGAAGAGUUAAAGCCAUUAAAACAGAAGCAGAAGCAAAUGCUAAAGCCUCAAGCUCAAUGAGUCGUAGAAGCAAGCAGGAUUCAACAAAAGAAAGGGUUGUGAUACAUCUAGAUCCUCAGCAGCAGAAGGAGGAGCAACUAUUCUCAAAAUAUGACUUUAGCAGCUCCCUUCUUGGUCAAUAUACCGAACAACUUGAGCAAAAAGUUAAUAAAUUUGUGGAGGAAUCUAAGAACAACGAGAAGCUUUCCAGAGCUUAUCAAGUAGUUGACGAAGAUGAAGAAGAAUACACUGACAUUGAUGAACAAUCUGAUGAAGAAGACUCUAAUAGUGAGCCUUCAGAAGACAACCUUUCUGAAGAUGAACUCCAAGAAUGAUACCAAAAGAUUAAAAAGAGCAGAGAGAAUUACUAUAAAAAUGCCAAACUCCGGAUUUUCAGCUUUAGUAAACAGAACUACUCCCUUCCAAAAAUUAAGGAGAAUUUCACAAUAGAUAUCCCACCAUCCUCUUCUGCAUACACAAUGAGUGAGAAAGGAAGAAUUUUCAGGGAGCCUAAAUAAGAUGGAAUUGUACAAAUUCAGCUUGAAUCCUAAUGGGAAAGCAAUAAAUAGCUUUGACCACCCAACUUCACCAAAAACAUCUGAGACGAUUUCAGGGCCUCCAAUGACCACUAAGCAUUCACAAUUCAAGGUAAAAAUGGGUAAAUACUCAACUUUGAAGAACCCAAUGUAUAAAUAAGACAAAUAAGGAUAUCCGAAAAGAGAAAUUUACAAUGUACCAUGCUAGGAUCGCCAGCAAGCUGCCUGAGCUAUCACCAAAUGUAAUUUCAAGUUUCGUGUCUCGAAGUAAUGGCUCUGAGAGAUCGAUAAAUAAAAGAUUUUCAAAGCGGCAUCCAAUGACUCACCUUGACAGAUUCGAGGCUAAUAGGAGUGCCACCCAGACUUCUGAAGAAAGAAUCUUCCCAAACUUCCAAUAUCGCAAUUCUCCACUAAGCUUUGGAGUAAAAAGAGUUUCUAAUGUAAUAAGCAACACCAAGAGGGAUGAGAUUCUAAAGAGAUUUAUAGGAAAACAUUAAAUCAUUAUUCUUCCUUAAAUAAAGAUUUAGAUUCGAACAAAGGUUCAUUUUGGCUUCAAAGUAAAGAAUUUAGAAUCCUAAUUCUCUCUUUUAUCUCCAAAAAUAGUAGUCUUUCCAAAAAAAUAGAGUCAAAAUCUACCCUA